AAAGCCGUUGACAUGUUUUUGGAUAAUGAAGACAAAAUCUCUAUUGAUAAAGUUGUGGAAGAAUUAAAAGAUAGGCCUGAAUUGCAGCAUGUGUAUUUGCAUAAGCUGUUCAAGAGAGAUCAUCAUAAAGGACAAAAGUAUCAUGAGAAACAAAUCAGUCUGUAUGCUGAAUACGACCGGCCGAAUUUACUCCCUUUUUUGAAAAAUAGCACCCAUUGUCCAUUGGAAAUGGCUCUUGAAAUUUGUCAGCAAAGAUUAUUUGUGGAAGAGACUGUUUAUCUUUUGAGUCGAAUGGGCAAUAGUCGAAGUGCCCUGAAAAUGAUCAUGGAAGACCUAAACGAUGUAGAUAAAGCUAUAGAGUUUGCCAAGGAGCAAGAUGAUGCUGAACUUUGGGAAGACCUUAUUUUGUAUUCAAUAGACAAACCUCCUUUUAUUACAGGCUUGUUAAACAAUAUAGGGACUCAUGUUGAUCCUAUUCUCCUGAUUCAUCGUAUUAAGGAAAGUAUGAAGAUUCCAAACCUGAGAGAUUCAUUAGUAAAGAUUCUUCAGGAUUAUAAUUUGCAGAUUUUGCUUCGAGAAGGAUGCAAGAAGAUUCUUGUGGCUGACACUCUUUCAUUGUUGAAAAAAAUGCAUCGAACACAAAUGCGUGGAGUACUUGUGGAUGAGGAAAAUAUCUGUGAAAUAUGCCUUUCUCCUAUACUGCCUACAGAUGCAUCUAAAUCUUACAAUGUAAUAGUGUUUCACUGCAGACAUAUGUUCCACAAAGAAUGUUUUCCUGAACCUAACACAGAAUCUUCAUUACACUUCUGUAAUAUUUGCAGUGCUAAACACCGUGGCCCAGGCAGCGCCAUCUUGGAGAUGAAAAAAUAACCUUCUCUGGCAUAUCAAAAACAUCUGUAUGUGUAUGCGGUUGCUUUCAUGCGGGACAAAAGAACACACACACACACAUAUAGUUUAACUAUAUAAUAAAAAGAGCUUUAAUCUUACAUGUCACUGAUAUUUCCUAUAUAAAUUUGAAGUCUUAUGACCAUGUGCAGGCUAUUGUAACUGACUCAUACUUGCUGCAGUUCAAAUUGGUCACCUGUUUGGCCAAACCUAUAUUAUAUAACAUAAGAUAAAUGUCUAUGGGAAAAUUUACUGUUGAUACAGUAUGACCUCAAACUAAAUCAUGUUAUGUAGAAUGCAUUUUGAAUCUAUAUUUAUGGACAGGUUCAAACAUUAGUCGCUGUUUAGAUCUUAUCUAUUUUUUUCUUCUGAGAAUUCCAAACAGUUUUUGUUGAUAGCAAAACAGUCAGUGUUAAAAAUAUUUAAAUAUGCUUAAAUAUUUAAACAUUGAAAUGCUUCUAGAUGCAAGCAGGUGCCUCUAAAAAACUUAAAGACAAGAUUUUCCGCUUUGUCACUUUAAAUAAUUUACUGUAUUUUUGAAAUAUAAAACUCACUGGAGUAUAAGACGCACCAAGAUUUUAAAGAGGUAAAA